AAACACUCGGUUCAAAAGUGUUGCACGGUUUUCAGCGAAGUUCUGUUGGAGAGGGUGCUAUAGCAUGGCGUCUGGUGUUUUAUCCUUAUCGAAAGCAGGUUUCUACCCUGUGUACGUACUAAUUCUUCUACUCGCAGCAUAUUUACUAAAUCAACUGGACAGAUAUGCACUUGCAAUAACUUCCCAACCGAUGGCCAGAGAAAUCAAGUUCGGCGACAAGGGCUGCUUACCUUACAACAAUUCUUURGAUUCGAAGAUUAAAACUUACUGUGUUAAAAGCUAUCUUGAUAAAGAUAAAACAGAAAAGAAUGAAACUGCAUGUAAAUUAAAAGGCAGUAAAUACAACAACAGUCAAACAUGUAUUUGGGACUAUGAUGGUACAGGUGAACAAUACCAGAUUCUUGCUGGACCAGUAUUCAUUGUAGUGUAUACACUAAGUGGUGUUGUCUUGGGACUGUUUACUGGAACAUUCAACCGUAAAAAUAUCCUCAUCUUCUGUCUUCUCUURUGGAGUGCUAUGACACUUUUGACUGGCUUUGCAAAGCAAUACUGGCAUUUGCUGCUGGCUCGGUUUGUUCUUGGGAUAGGUGAGGCAGGGUGCACUCCAUUUGCAACAAGUUUAAUUGCAGAUUACUUUUCUGAGAAUCUCCGUGGUGCAGCUUUAGGUGUGUACAACUGGGGGAUCUAYAUUGGCUACAGUAUGGCCUUUGCGUUUGGUAAUUAUAUUACCAAUGCUAACAUCAAUGSUCAAGGUUGGCGCUGGGUUUUCUUUAUUGCAGCCAUUCCUGGUUUUGUUGUUGGAUUACUGAUGAUAUUCACUAUGAAAGAACCAGAAAAGAAAGAAUCACAGAGCUUUGAAUUCAGCAAGCUUGUUGCAUUGAAAGUCAAACUUCUCCUUAUGCUGAAAACCUUCMUGCGSCCAUCGCUAAUCCUUCUCUUCAUUGCUGGCUCCAUUCGUAAUGCUGGUGGUUAUGUCUGGGCCUACAAUACUCAACCUUACUUCAACAAAUAUUAUCCCGAUACAGAUGUUGGCAAGUACAUGAGUUGGAUACCUCUAGUUGGUGGGUCAUUAGGGGUGGUCUUUGGUGGAUUUAUAUCAGAUAGACUUGUUAAGAACAGGGGGUCCUAUGCCAGGAUAUGGGUUCUUGUUUUCAGUCAGGUUGUAGCUGCACCAUUUGCUGCAGGUGCAUUAUUCCUCAAGCCACCAUGGGCCUUCAUUAGUCUGAUACCCUCUAAUAUCAUUGGUGAAAUGUGGGUUGGUGUUACUCUAGCGGUAGUAGUAGAGCUGGUCCCCAGUGCAAUCCGUACUGCAUCAGUAGCCUAUUACUUGUUUAUCAUAUCAAUGAUAGGUGGUAAUGUUCCAUUACUKGUUCCUGUCAUCAAGACAUCGCUGGGUUUACGCAAUUCAUUAUAUAUAUUAUUUCCUGGAUUAUAUCUGCUUAGUUCUGUGUUGUUUCUUGUUACUCUGUUGGUACUCAAGAGAGAUCUACAACAUGCAAUUAGUGUUUCUGAUGUGACAUCACCUCUACUACCAGGCUCCCCAAAGGAAGAAUCAGACAAACUGAUUUAGAGACUGAWAGCAACACAUACAAAUGAUAAGAGGCUCUUUCACGGACCUCUGGACUCUGAUCGUCUAUCACUAAGCUAUUAAAUAGUGUAUGACAAGGAAUGGAUUGAGCAAGAUGCAGUCCAUAGCCUCUUCUUUCCAUAUAGUCUUGAGUACAUGUAARGGUGUGUACAGGGUGUUACAUAACUCCAUAUACCGACAGUCCAACAGAGUGAUCCGUAUGAAUACAAAACAAUACUCAUGCAAAAUUUUUUGUAGUCAAUCACCUUCUUCACACAGUUUUGAAAACUGGAGUCAGUUAGCCAGCAAUGAAGCCCUUGUGCACACCCCUGCUCGUAGYUCGAAAGAGGAUCGAGUGCUAUCUAUCGCUCAAAAUGUUUCUGUUUAUAUGAGUUUAGUUUUUUUUCUAUUAAAGUACGAUAAAUCUAAAAGUAA